GCUGGCCGGGACGAACAAGGGUCCCGUGGCCAUUAGAGCCCGGCAGGUGCCCUCGCCCACCAUGAUGCCCUUCCCCCACCCGGCCUCAUCAUUUCCCAUAUGCUGCCUUUCUUCACCUCCAGGGUCAUGCUGGUGGGGGACUCGGGCGUGGGGAAGACCUGCCUGCUCGUACGCUUCAAGGAUGGUGCAUUCCUAGCAGGGACCUUCAUCUCCACCGUGGGCAUCGACUUCCGGAACAAAGUCCUGGACGUGGAUGGCACGAAGGUGAAGCUGCAGCUCUGGGACACAGCUGGGCAGGAGCGAUUCCGCAGUGUCACCCAUGCCUACUACAGGGACGCUCACGCCCUGCUGCUGCUAUAUGACGUCACCAGCAAGGCCUCCUUUGACAACAUCCAGGCCUGGCUGACCGAGAUACGGGAGUCGGCCCAACCCGACGUAGUGCUCAUGCUGCUGGGGAACAAGGUGGACUCUGCUCAGGAGCACGCAGUGAGAAGGGAGGAUGGGGAGAAGCUGGCCAAGGUGAGUCAGGGCAGGGUGGGGGCGCGAGUGCCCUGGGGGCUGCAGUGCUGUCCUGGCUGGCCCCCACCCGGCUGGCAGCUGCUGUUUGCAGGAGUAUGGGCUGCCCUUCAUGGAGACCAGCGCCAAGACAGGCCUCAACGUGGACUUGGCCUUCACAGCCAUAGCAAAGGAGUUGAAGCAGCGCUCCAUGAAGGCUCCCAGCGAGCCCCACUUCAGGCUCCAUGACUACGUCGAGAGAGAGGGCAGAGGGGCCUCCUGUUGCCGGCCCUGAGUCUGGAUGAGCUUUAGGGGCAGCUCAGCCCUGGAAGGCCGGACUGUGCACAGGCCCCUCUGGCUUCCCAGUGGGUCAGUUUCUAGGACACCCAGAAAGUCCUGCCCCUUCCUCGCCCCAGGAGCACGUUCAAUCCUGUUCCAGCAAGCAGGCUCUGGGAGCCAAUGGGUCUGGUCUAUAACCUCCCCCCACUGGUGGUAGCCGAAGGCCUUGCCCACAAGGUCCCCAUAAGCAGGUGUUGUCACUCUGCUGCCCUCCUGAGCACGCCAGGGAGACUGUUGGCACAAUGGGUGCAGUGCCCAACCCUUAGAAAGCCAUGUCUCCACCUGCUCAGGCAGGGCCAAUCAGGAGCCGCAUGUGCACGUGUGCCCCACGGGACCCUAGAGGACACCAGUAUUACAGCUUUGUGAUGAGAUUGUGGGAAGUCACAAAAAUGCCGGGAAACUGAGGUGCCAACUUUAUCCACUGGCAGGACAGCAGCCCAACUCCAGGGGGCUGUGGCACAAGGGCUGGCCCGCUCACGGCAGAGGCGUGCCGCUGGGAAUGUGAUCUGCCCCAUGCUAACGUCAAGUCUUUUGACUGCAAGGCUUUGUUUCCAUCCUAGUGAAUAAAAUUGUGUUUUUCUGGAG